UAGACAGGCAGUAUGGCGGAGGAGGGCAGUGUGUACGAGUUAGAGGGGCUGGAAAAACAACUACAGAGUUUGUUAAGCCGCUAUUCAAGUGAAGGACUGCGGGCCGACAGCAAACCUUUCUGCUUGGACUACUGUAAGCUGGUGGAGGAGUACGCCUCUUGCUGGCAGGUGCCGCUGCCUCAGCUCAGGAUCUUUGAGGUGGCUCUUUGCUGCUUCGCUCGAGCCUCCACUUUCUUUGCAUCAAACUGUGAUCAUGUGCUCCACACACUCAGUAGUCUGGCCUUGAGUGUUUUUGAGUUGCUGCUGUUUUUUGACCAGAAAGACUUCCACCAAGAGCCACUGAAACACUUCACUGUUACAUUCCAGGAAUGUCAUUCGGCCCUUGCGAAGCAUCAGAAUGUUCACUUACUUCAGGUGGAGCGUUUGGUUCGGGGCGGUGGGGCUUGGGCCAGUUCAGCCUUACAGGCAAUCCUCAGUGAUUCCAGUUUACCUCAGAAUGAAGUGGAUGAGUGCAUCAGCUCGGAGCUGCCGGUGUUCUUCGAGCUUCGGGUGCGCUAUCUUUUAUCCUGUGAGCGGCUCAGUGAGGCUUUGGCCCUGGCUAAGUGUUGUGCUCAACAUCCCACAGCAGGGCAACACUUGUUCUUCCUCCAGGUCUACCUCACAUGGCUUCACAAAACGUCACAGCACGAUCGUCUACAUAAAGAGGUGGCUGACUUCAGUGGCAAAGAUGCAGUGCACAUCAUCUGUAAUUUGGAGGGUGAGGAAAAGGAUGAGUUGCUACUUGCCCUCAGCAGAGCCUUCCUCUCCCAGCAGCUUCGCAGGGGAAACAUGUACUAUUUGUGUGAUCUUGUUUUUGUAUGGAGCAAACUCCACAGUCGGUUGAAAUCAUCCAAACAAGUUCUGCUUGAGGAGAGUCGUCAGCUGAUGCUGUCUGCCACCAAUGUCAACUCAAUCUUCCCAUUUAUCAGAGUGAUUCUACAAGAGCUGGGUGAUGAUGGUAUCCAGUUUUGCGUGGAGCUUUGUGCUAAUGCCCUGGAGUCUUGCCUUUCCUGUGAUGUCGUCACCAAGUCCCUAAUCUACAAAACCAUUGCUGGCCUGCUGCCCAAUGAUCUGGAGGUUUGUCGGGCAUGUGCUCUCCUGGUCUUCUUCCUGGAACGCUCUGUUGACACCUACAAGAUGGUAUAUCUGCUCUACAUGCAACCUGACCAGGACUACAACGGAGAGUACAGCCCCAUAAGAAAUCACAUCCGCUUCGAAACCCUUCAGGUCUUGAAGAAGGGCCUGUAUUUUGACCCAGAGUUCUGGAACCUCAUUGCUUUGCGGACCAACUGUUUGAAGCUGAUGAGAGGGAAGGUGGUUGAUGCUGCCCUCGAGGAAAUCAUGGAUGAAAAAUGGAUCUCUAAGUAUUGCACCAAAGAGGCCGCUUCCCGAUCACGUACGUCACUAUGUCAUAAAGGAAGUAAAGGGGCAGCAGCAAAGAAACGCCACCAUAAAGAGGACAGACAUCCUAAAGAGGAUAUAACUGACAUGGAAUCCAAAAGACUAAAAUUGUCUCACGGCAAAACACGGCUAAAUGUUGACCAUGCUCUAAAGAAGAAGGGCAACCAAGGGUCACGACAUAUGAAGGAAGCCUCAUCUGAACCUUUGAGGCGUUCAUUUUGGCAGCUAGACAGAAUACAGGACAAUGUAGUCGUAGCAUAUGGAGAACAAAGACGCACUACACGACUAUCUGAAAAGAACCCGCCAAAACGGAGGAUUCGAAAACCCAAGUGGCUUCUGGAAGACUCAGGCACUCUUGAAGAGAACAGUGUUCCUCCGAAGUUCAAAAAGCACGGGUUGAAACAUGGAAAGCACCAUCGAUCGUCUGUCGUAAAGGGCUCGGAAUCUGGUCAGAUCAAGAACAAUUCAAAACACAAAGUGGCAAACUCCCAUUUAAAGGCGAAGGAAAACAACACCAAGCACCAGAAAGGGUUGGACUCUCGUGAAUCAGCCUGUACUCCACAAAUAAUUCUCGAGCUCUCCCUUCCAGACAACGAACUGAUGGGUACUUUUGCAGAUGACACUUGCCACAAACAGAGAGGGUACCCUCAAAUGCUUCUUUACAAACCCACAGUGAAGCUUCCUGCCACAUCACAGCCGGUCAAGGCUUUGCAUCGCAAAGAGGUGAUUCUUAGAGCAAGGGAUGCAACGAUGUUUGUACAACAGUUGCAUUGUUAUACUCGGAGGCAGAAAGGCAAAAGGACUGGUUCAAAUAUUCAUGGAUCAGUAUCAACCAUCACACGCUCAUCUGUGCAGGGAAGUCCUCCCAAAGAUCCAACGAGAGAACUUUGUGAAAGUCCGAAUGUUGAGAUGAAAGGUGGAAUCGCCUCACAGACACCCGCAGCAGCUGAAUCCUCAGUCUUAGAAAAAGUUCUUCAAAAGAAAACUUCAGCGAGAGAGCUCUUUGAAAAGUCUGCAGUCGAGAUGAAAGUUGCUACUCCCGCACAGACAUCCGCUGCACAAAAAGUGACAGAAACUUCCAUGUUAGAAAAAGUUCCUCAAGCUCAAACCACAGAAAAGGUGUCACAGACUAUAUCUUCAGCAAGAGAGCUCUGUGAAGAAUCAGCUGUUGAGAUGAAAGUCACCAUUGCUUCUCAAACUCCUGCAGGGACUAAAGCGACACAAUCCUCAGUUAUAGAUAAAGUUUCUAAAGCGCAAAAUAUAAAAGAUGUCUCAAAAACCACAGCCUCAGCCGAGGUUUCUCAGACCUCAACUGCACACAACAAUCGGAUGGUAGUUACUGAUGAAAUCCCUCCAAACUCCAGCACGGCCAACGUUUCAAACACAGGUGAACAAGCACAGAGUUCACUUUCAUCGUGGUGUAAGGGUGCUACAAAUUAUGUAGCCCAUGUUAAAGCAAACACUCCAGAGGUGGUACCUAAAGACUCAAAUGGACACUCUAAAGAUGAACUCAAAAGGGACAGAGCAGAUACAGGUGUUCAUAAAGGCACAAUCUAUGGAGAGAACAUUGGGACUUCGUGUGAGUCUACUUGUGUAUCUACAGAGGCAGACAGUAUACAUGACAUAUCUGCUCUGACAUUAGUAACAGAGAUGGUCACUGAAUUUCCACCUGAGGAACUUGCUCGAGACCUGGAGAAUCACAAACUACCAGUUCCAGAGGACGGUGCAGCCAAGGAGUCAACAUCAGUGCUUAAACCGAAUGUUCCUCACAAAAUACGGACUACCUCCAGCUGCUCUGUGCCACAACAGGGAGCCUCUGCAGUUGCUGACAUGCAAGGUAAAAAAGAGUACGAGGGAACCGAUGACAGUGAUUCAGAAACAGUUGAAUCGGAGGAAUCCAAGUUGGAGUACAAUUGCAUCUUUUGUAGCAAAGUCUUCAAGGGUCACCGUGUUGUGGUUCAUGCAAUGUUUCAUUACCGUAAAGAUGAGUGCAUGUUCUGUGGGACAAUGUUCAAAGAUGACCUCCUGGCCAUGAUGCACCUGUCUGAUCACAUAGAGAAGCUAAAAAAGAUCAAAGCCCAAGAAAACUGCGUGUCUGAGACCAAAGAUAUCUCCACACCUAAGACCUCUUCCAAAGCCAAGAACACAAAUGUGUCUUCUGGGCUUCGUAGUAGUGGGAGACAGAGGAAAUGUACAGUCCGUCCUAAUUCUCUGAGCAAUCUAGAGUCAAGCCCAUCUGAAUCCAGAAAGUUAAGAUCAAGAGACAAACCAGCAGAUGGUCAGGAUUUACAAGAAAAGGAGAAAAACAAGCACCAUGAUAGCAAGACUCCUGUUCACAAGGUAAACGGACAUGUUGGAAAAAAGAAACAGCUUGACAGAAUGAAACGGAGCACCACAAACUCAAAAACCAAGCAGCCACUUAAACAGCAGGAGAUUAAACAAGAGAGAACAAGUGAUGGAGGGCUUAAUCCUGAGUUAGUGGAAAACCAUGAUCUCAGAGUAGACUCCUCUACUACAUCAGUGCAGGUAAAGGAGGAGUUUGACUGCUCCACUGAAGCUACAGCGAAGGAGACAGCAUCUCUGCAGGUCCUGAAAACAGCCACAAAACAAAACGGGCAGGUUGUUGAAGAGAAAAAUGUGGACCCACAAGAGAAAGUUUUCUGUCCUGCGGAUGGAUGCACUUGGUUUACAGACCAGUCCAAAAAUCGUGUUGCACUCCUUUACCACGCUUUGGACGAUCACUACGGUGAUGUCAAACCUUUGCAACUGUCAUUUCAAAUCUCAAACAGCAGAUGCAGUAUUUGCAUGAGGGUGUUGUGGAGUUUUGAACAUUUUCAGCACCAUGUUGAAAGACACAGACUGGCUCCUCGGCAUCCAUGCCUUCAUCAGGGUUGCACUGCCAGAUUCAAAACCGGAAUGGAAAUGAGACGCCAUGCCAGGAGGCACAGUCCACUGCAGGCAGUGUGCUGCCUCCCUGGCUGUUCUCAAUUAUUUAUUUGUCUCUGGGCACUGAACCUUCAUGAAAGAGAGCAUUAUGCAUCCAAAUCCACUAAACCAAUCAAGAACACAAAUGUGCAAACAAAUGACAAACAUAAUAACUCACUGGCCGAGAAGAAACACGAUCACAAGCCAAAAGAUUCUACUGCUGCCACUACUGUAAAAAAGACUGUGAGUGUCAAGACUGCUCGUAAAUUAAGAGGACAAGCUGCUCAUAAUUCAUCAACAGGAAAAAGUGUUAGUGUUCCUCCUCUCUCCAGUGUCACGUCAUCUCAGUUGAAGGAAGAGGCAAAUGAGACCAAGGAUUCCAAUGUGUUGAAGAAUCUCUCCAACAAGGACACCACUGCAGAGUCAGCUGUUCCUAACCUAAGAUUGAGGCAACCAUUAAGAAAGAGGCAAGUGGCAAAGACAAAUCUGUUGGCUCCCCAAACUCACAAAGUCUUAUCAUCUUUGUUAAAAAACAAAAGCAAAAUGAGGCACAAGUUCAAGAAACAGCAGGUCAAAGUAAACACGAAAGAUCCUAAAAGAAGAGGGCGUCCUCCUAAGUCAAACAAAGCUGUACAUGAUGAAAACACUACUACUGAUCGCAACAAUGAAACCGUCAAAAAGAAAACUCAGCCUCCUGCAAGCCCCUCUGAAACAGCAGAGACUUCCACAGUUGGCAGCAAGUUAAAGGUAGAAGAAGAAAAGAGCCAGCAUGUUCAAGAUGAAGUAAAAACCAUGGAGACUUCAACCAAUAAAUCAAAAUCCAAGAAAUCAGUGAACAAGCAUGUUAAACAAAAGGUCUUACAUAAUAAAUCUGCACCUGCUGUUACAGCUAAGAGUUUAAAUCAGUCAGUCACCACCACGUCAGCAGACAAAAAACAAAAGUUAACUGCUGACAAAGGGAAGAAAUCACAUAUUACGAAAAAACGCUGUGCUCCAGAUGAUAGUCAUACAGCCUCUUUGGAUUCUAGUAAAUCAAAGAAGCAAAAGGUUACAAACAGCAACAAAACAGCAAAGGCUGUCAACAAAAAAUGUUCUCAAAAAGAGCUGGGUGUCUCAACAGCCUCAAAAAACCCUGCCAAGUCAAAAUCUGAGACCAAAGCAACAGGCGCUGUAGAAAGUCUUGCUGAUGAGGAGAGAAAAGCAGAUGCAGAAAACACAAACUCAACACAAAAUAUCCCUGGUAACAGCUUCAAUGAAACAACUUUACCACACACAACCUCAGGAGAGAAAAAGCAGAAGUUGUCAAAGAAGGAAAAUAAAUCUCAUGCUCCCAAAGAAAAUAUUACUCAAACUGCUUCCUCUGACUCAGGCAAGGCAAAUAAGAAGCACACAGUUAUUAUUAAAAAAGGGGACAAAAAAAUAGUCAAGGAAAGACGGCCAUGCAAAGACCCGAAUAAAACAUCUGCUUCCAAAAAGACUGCAAAAUCUAAAUCUGUGGUCCAACAGGCUGAGGCCAAAACAGCAGCAGCAGGAGCAGGAGGAGUGAGCUGUCUCAACGUGGAAGGAAAAGCAAAGGAGGAAACCUCAGAUGCAACUCUCGACAGCCCCGGUUCCUCCUGCGUAUCUGCUGUUACUGCCAACGUAGAAAAUGAAACAACUCCCCCGCAAACCUCCCUUGAGGAGAACAAACGGAAAGAAACCACAAAGAAAUCUCAAGACGUGAAAAAAUCCGAACACAAGAAAGCAAAGGUGAUAAAGAAAGAAGGCGACGCAAAGAAAAAAUGUCCACGUAAAGAUGAAGGUACUCCGUCAGCCCCGAAAAAGCCAAAGCCAAAAACCCAACCUAAGGUCAAAACAGAGGAACGAGCAGAAAGCGAAGAUGAUAAAUCGACCGUAUGUAUUGACACUCUUGCGGAGUACGGAAAGAAGCCGUACAUGCGCCUCCCACCGACAGCGUACCUUGACGAGAAGUUCAUCACCAUGCCAAAACGGAGGAAGGAGAUGCUGUCUUUCCAGUCGACUCAGAAAAGUCCCCCUCCUGAGCAGGCUAACGUCACGGCAGCUCAGCAGAGACAACGAUGUGCCAACUGUUUCGCCACUUUCAACAGCGCAGAGGAGCUGCAGAGUCACCUCCAGCUGCAGAGUUGCUCAAACCUCUUUGGGUUUGACUCAGAUGAUGAGGGCAACAGUUGAAUUAGUCGACUUAAUUCAAACGUGACUUGACAUUUUGGAUGCAUAAUGGCGUGGCCUGUGGACCUGCAUGGAGCUCCUGGAUGGAACAUACCUCAGCAGAUCUCUUGGUGACUUUCUCAUUAUUUGAGGCAAAGACUUGUGAAUUUUGAGUUGCCGGAAGAUGAGAACUGAAAGGGUUACCCGACUUUGGCUGCAGCAUGUGCAAGGCCCAGGAGCAGAACACAUAAAAAUAGCCAAUCAAUAAAAGACUACUGAACAGAAUCCGAGUUGGACUUUUUAGCAGAACAGCUAGUACUGAAGUGCCUGCUCUGGAACCAGUUUCCAGCUGCUUCACCUGGUAAUGGAGAUUAAACAUUGUGGCUUAAAAGACUGGACUCUUGAAAGCUGUGAAAGAAACUGACGAAGACAAGGCUGCUCCUGCUAUCACUAGGAUACAUAUUUUUCAUAUCAGUAAGCCAUAAAAUGACAUUGUUUGCUUUUUGCACUCUUCUCAUAAGAUUUGUUUCUGCUUAAACUCUCAAAGUGAUGAAGUAUCUUAAGUUCCUGCUAUUUUAGACUGAGUCUAAACUUUGAAAAGCUAUAAGAAGACUGCUGUAUCAGUCUUCUUUGGAAAGAUUUUAGGAAUUCUUGUUUAAAAACUAUUUCUUAAACAAAAUUCCCUAUAUGAUCAAUUAGGUCUUUGCCGCUUGUCCUCACCACAAGUAACCAAUAGGGGUCAGCAUGCGCUAAGCCUCUUCAUCAUAUUAACUUUUUUUUUUCUUGCUAAACACAAGAUGAUAUUGUUUGCUCUUUUUUGUGCAGCAGAAAGAUUUCUACAUUUGGAGCUGCUCCACUGCAUUCAUCACUGUUUAACUUCCAGUCACAUCCAAUCAAGCUUUAUUUCCUUUAGCAAUAACAACUACCAACCGCAGUUGGCGCCAGUGUCCACACAAUACACUGCAGGAUGCUGUCACUGAUCAUGUCUUUCAGUCACUGUCAGUGGAGUAGCUGACACUCUGGCUGUCUUUAUUCUCUCAUUUUUAUCUUAACAAAACUGUCCAAAAGCAUAGAAUCAUGAUUUCUCUUUUUAGCGUGAAUGUUGUCUUUUUAGGAUUCCUUCAAACAGACAAACGUGGCAGUCAUAAACUACCACAGUUUUAAGUGUUACUGGGUGGCCACACCUGUCUUUCAUGAGCAGCAGCAGGUUAUAUUUAUUUAUGUUUUAUUUUCUAUCUUUUGUAAAUAUUUGAAGAGUUUCAAUGGCUUAUUAUAUAAGGGGGUGUUGGAGCUGGGUUUAUAUUUUGUUCUUGAAGAAAAAAAUAAAACUUAUUUGAAAAUGGCAACAAUUUUUACUUGGAAUGGCAUGUAAUGCAGAUGAGGAGUGAGAUUUCAUUAGUGCAGUGAGCAGAUCCAAAGAAAUAAAGUAGGACAUAAAAUGCUUUAGUGCACUGGCUGCUGAUAACACAGCAGUGUUGGGCAGUGAGCUGCAGAGCAAGAGAAAAUGUUCAGAUUAUGUUUCACAUUUAAAAA